CCUCGCUGUAGCUGGAAUUGUAUGAUCAAUUACUUGGAAAUGCAUCAUCAAAUGAAAAUCAAUUAACAGUGGGGGUUGGGGGAAAAAAAAGAAAGUAAGUUAUUAAUCUUGUAUGUAUUGUGUUUCGCUUAUAUCCCCUUGCGCAUAGCAAAUGUAUUUCCUCCGCUGUUACCUCCCCACGCUUUAUACAAUGGUGCCUUUGCAUCUACAGAUAGGUACGCUUAUGUUGAACAGGAGAUACAAAACCGUGCUUGCACAUUGUAUCCUAUAAACUCCGAAAAUCACCAAGAAAAGUUGUCCGCAAUGAAUUGGUUAAGCGGAAGAAAGAAAAAUAAAGUCGCGUCGAAGGUCUCGUCGCUGUUAGCGAGCUCUCUGGUUGGCUCUCAUGCUUUGGGGGUACGCAUAGCCCCCUUCCGCCGUAUAUACCUGCUGGUGCGCCAGCAUGAUUCAUCUCGAUUUGGUUUCAUGAAGUUGCCAUGGCUACAGCCCAUUCAAGAUCGAGCCUAUAGCUUUGUCUAUGUGUUGCUCAAUGUGCAAGCAGCUCUUGGUGUGCCCUUUCCGCCGCGUGAUACCACAGAGCUUCUUUAGUCUGUGCUGGCACUGAGAUCCAUUGGUUUAUCCCAGAGGUUGCGAAGGAGACCGGUCAUAACAUCCUCCUCCUCGCCUCCGACC